AUGCCACCUAAAUCAAAAGAAACAGCAACAAAAAAACCUCUACCUCAACUCUUAAGACCCAGUAUUAGUAAUUCAAGUCUAAAUUUCGUUCCAGAUGAUGUUAUAGAAGGUUUUCAAGAAAGAAUAGAAACGGGAAUAAUUUGGACUUUUGCGGAAGAAGCCGCUAGAUAUCAUAAACAAAAAUUUUAUUUAAAAAAAGUCAAAUUUUCUGAAGGUCUUCAAAAUAGAAUAAAAAAGAGUAUUCUUAACGGCUUUCUUGAUGAAAAAUCUAAAUUCACCCUCAGUGAACAAUGGGAAAUACUGUUAUCAAUGUGUUUAUGGGAUAAUGAAAAAUUUUCAAAUGAAGAGGCAAAAAACUGUUUUAACAUUAACAAUUCAAUAACUGAUAACAUAAUUGAAAUGAUAAAAAUUGCUGUUCAAAAAAAUGAUCGGGAUUUGCUAAAAAUGAAUUUGAAAAUGGUUCUUACUCUGAGAGUGAAUGAUUGUGAGAUGACGGAAUUGGAUGACUCUUUAAAGGAAUUUCAAAACUUGUCAACUUUAAAUCUUUGUGGAAAUCAUAUAGCUGAAUUUGACCCACACGUCCUUCCGCGAGGAUUAAUAAUAUUAGAACUGCAAAAUAAUCGUAUUAGCAAUCUGGACAUAUUUGUUGAAAAAUUACCAUCUAAUUUGAUUUGUUUGGGACUCGCCAGGAAUCUACUGUACAAUGAUAGUAUUAAUGGGCUAUCAAGACUAUCACACAAUAUUACGAUUUUGGAUUUAUCUGACAACGACAUCUAUGAUUUAGAAGCGGUACUAACACCUUUGGCUGUACUACCAGAUCUGAUAGCGUUACAACUUGCAGGCAACCCUUGCGCGGUGUGUGCAGCUUACGCCCGUACAGUACUGACGAGGCUUCCUCAGCUACAAUGGCUGGACUGCCGAGAAAUUCUUCCUACUGAUAAACCGUCAGAACCUUUUGAACCACACGCUGAUGAUUUAAGAUCCGCAUACUUUACUUUUACUGUCUUCCGAAUAAUGUCUGUUCCUCAACCUCCCAAGCCUGACAAGGGUGCGACAACAACUUUUCAUGUGGAAUUGGAACUACCUCUGCUGGAUUCGACAAGACGAAAGUUUUUGAUGUUUCGUAACAACGAUUCGCUUAUUGAAAUGCUACCCCCACCAGAAGAUGAAGAAUGGCCGUCGACAAAAGUGUCUCCUUCAUUUGCAGAAAGUAAAAUAGAAGCUUCAGGGUUGCAGACUUCAAGCACAUAUCACGAAUCGGAUAUCUACAAUCACUUAGUAGCAAAGAAUUCUCGUGAAAUCUUUCACUUUACGGUAUUCGAGAGUAAUCGUGUUCAGUGGAACAAAAUCAUGAAUUUCCAAGAACCAACCAUUAAAAUAUUUUGUCCGAAUCUUUUCUCACUGAGAGAUACUUUCCGCACAAUUAUUACAGUUCGACUUGUGUACACAGUGACGGUGCUAAGUAAGCAAAGCAAGUCAGAUAAGAAAAGCGCCCACUCGUUGAAGCAGCCAGGAGAACAGCGCGUUACCCUAGCGUCUAUUAGAUGCCCACUUAGGAGACCAGACUGGAGCCAGCCCUCGCAACACUUCCACUGGGACAACUCGCUAGCAACCGACGAGGCCAUCCAUUGGGGAGAUGGGGACUUGUCUGUAUUACAAUAUACUCUAGCGCCCGUUAAAACGCCGAAAGGAAAACAGGAUGCAGAUCCGGGUGCGACGAAACAGUUUCCUCCAGAAAAUUUAACCUGUCACUUUGGAUUUGGAAUAGAUACACUACGCAUUUGAUUUUUUUUAUAAUGAUGAAAACUUACGUGUAUUUGUAUAAACAACUCUAUCUCAAGAAA